AUGGGCCUGAUUGUUCUCGUGGUGCCAGGUUCCAGAGAGGCUUCCGUCUACAGGCUUCGAGCAGCACCGCAGUUCACCGGCCUCCAAGAGACACUCUUCGGGACGGUGGAUGCCGGAAUCUACACAUAUGGUGCACCUGGAACUGCAGAACCAGCUUUGCCAGAUCUCAGUCACAAGGACGGCUGCUUUGCUGGCCUGCGAACAUGGACGGAGGACGUGUUGACGCCAGCUACGAAAGAGGAGGAUGCUGCUGCCAUCUCCGAUCAGCUGGACCACGCCAAGGUAGCCACACUGCGCCUUCACGAUGUGUCCAAAAGCUCUCACUUUGCCGAGUGCCCUGGAGAAGUGCAUCAGCCUUUCUCACAGGGCAACCAGUUUGCAGACUGGCUUUUGCAUUGGGAACCGAAAUAUAAACCUCGCUUGGGAAAUGUCUCCCUGCUGGGCAUGGAUGUCUCGGAUCAGGAGCCUUUCCGGACCGCGUAUUUGUACAAUCGAAUCGCGUACAAGCAGUACGACAGCACGGAACACGCCAAGAAGCACAUCAAAGAAAGGCUGGGAAGUCAUUGGAACAUUGUUUCAAGAGUGACGCUGGUCACUGGAGCUGCCUCUAUGUACGACGAGGACCCGAUGAUGCUGGUGCAGAGUUCGAAGACCUUCGAGUGUGUGCUGGCGUUUGCGGGCGUCAACAACUACGGAAACGAGCUGGCGACUGCCACAGAUGUCCGAACAGCUCCAUUCUGCGGCUUCAAGACCGUCCACACGGGAUACCGUGACGAGCUGCGCAGGAUGAUCGAAGAGCUGUGGCCCCUCAUCCGGCCGAAGAUAGGAAAGUGCAGUCACGUGGCCUGCACCGGACAUUCAAUGGGCGGCUCUCUUUGUGACCUUUUUGCCGCAUGCGCAAACAGUGGCCGCCACGAUGACCCUGACUUUCUCGCACAGUCUUGGAAAAAGGAGAUUCCCAGCGCAUUACCUGAGAUAACGGACUGCGGCAAGACCAUCUACAAGGAGGAUGCCGAACAUCGCUGCAGUUGUCCUCCGUGCCCCAAGUAA